GUGUAUGUGUAUCUAUUUUCUCCUCCAAACAUGUUUUGACCCGCUCGUAACCCCCCUUGACUAUCAUCAUCUCAUUCCAUACGCUACAAAAGGAUGAUGUUUAGUCAAACCUUUUUAACACACAACAAAGAAAUUAACAAAUAGACGCGUCUUUGAAUUCCAUACACAACAACAACAUAACAACAAAUCUACCAAUUUAAACCUUUAUCUAUACACACCCACAAAACCAACCAAAUCAAAAAACACCUCUACCAUGACACGCUCAACAUUGUUAACACUAAUCAUCCUCACAACCUUCAUCUCCAACACACUAUCGCAACAAGAAUACGUUGGUCUCAAACAACCAGACUGUGAUCACAUAUACAACUCAACACUAGGCAACAUUUGCAACAGCGUCAACUCAUGUCAAUCCUACCUCACCUUCAACUCAAACCCUUCAUACAACACAUCCACUUCCAUUUCCAACCUCCUCAACGCUUCAUCCUCCCUCGUUUCCCAGUCCAACAACAUCUCCACCCUCCAAAUCAUCCCCUCCAACACAAUCAUAACCGUCCCCGUUACCUGUUCCUGCUCCGGUAACAACAAAUACUACCAACAUAACGCUACCUACACUUUGAAUACCCUCGGUGAAACGUAUUUCUCUGUCGCUAAUUACACCUACCAGACUCUUACCUCAUGUCAAGCUCUUAUAGCUCAGAAUCCUUACGGUAUUCGAAACCUCACUGUUGGUCUCAACAUAACAGUUCCUCUCAGAUGUGCUUGUCCCACCAAGAAACAAACUGAUCAAGGCUUCAAGUAUCUUCUCACCUACUUGAUCUCUGAUGGUGAUACGGUUUCUUCCAUUGCUGAUAUUUUCGGCGUUGAUCAACAAAGCAUUCUUGAUGCUAACGAGCUUUCUUCUACUUCCACUAUUUACGCUUUCUCACCACUUUCAGUCCCUCUCAAAACCGAACCACCCAAAAAAAUAACAAGAGCAGCUUCACCUCCGGAGUCUCCUCCACCUCCACCGCCAGUAGACAGUGGUUCCUCCUCUUCCAAGAAAUGGAUCAUUGUCGGUGUCGUGGUUGGGGUUGUUGUAUUGCUUCUGGUGAUUCUUGCUGUGUUUUCCCUCUGUUUCUAUAAACGGAAGCAGCCGCCUAAGCUACCACCGCCGGCGGUUCAGAAAUUAUGGGACUCUAACGCCAAGAAGACUACCUCAACAACUCAAUCUUGGUCUCUUUCUUCUGAAGGGAUUCGUUAUGCGGUUGACUCGUUGACUCAGUACAAGUUUCAAGAAUUGCAAAAUGCAACCAUGUUUUUCAGUGAAGAGAACAAGAUUAAAGGUUCUGUAUAUAAAGCUUCCUUUAAAGGUGAUGCUGCUGCGGUUAAGAUUCUGAAAGGUGAUGUUUCUUCCGAGAUAAACAUUUUGAAGAGAAUUAACCAUGCUAAUAUUAUAAGGUUGUCUGGUUUUUGUGUCUACAAAGGUAACACUUAUCUUGUUUAUGAGUUUGCUGAGAACAAGUCUCUUGAUGAUUGGCUUCACUCCGAGGAUUCGAAUUCUACGUGUUUGAGUUGGUUUCAGAGAGUUCAGAUUGCUCAUGAUGUUGCUGAUGCACUUAACUACCUUCAUAAUUAUGCUAAUCCACCUCAUGUUCAUAAGAAUUUGAAAACUGAAAAUAUUCUUUUAGAUGGAAAAUUUAGAGGUAAAGUUUCAAAUUUUGGGUUGGCGAGAGUUAUGGAGAAUGAUAGUGAUGAAGGUUUUCAAUUAACAAGACAUGUUAUAGGAACUCAAGGUUACAUGGCUCCUGAAUAUAUUGAGAAUGGUUUGAUUACUCCAAAGAUGGAUGUUUUUGCAUUUGGUGUUGUGAUUUUGGAGCUUCUUUCUGGAAGAGAAGUUGUUGGUGGUGACAAGAAUAACGGUUUGGGGGAUCAGCUUUUAUCUUCAACUGUGAAUCAGGUUCUUGAAGGGGAGAAUGAUAGGGAGAAGCUUAGAGGUUUCAUGGAUCCAAAUUUAAGAGAUGAAUACCCUAUGGAUCUUGCAUAUUCUAUGGCUGAGAUUGCCAAAAGAUGUGUUGCUCGUGAUCUGAAUUCGAGACCAAAUGUUUCUGAAGUUUUUAUGGUUCUGUCUAAGAUUCAAUCCUCGACAUUGGAUUGGGAUCCAUCGUCUAGAUCUGUUAGCCAAGUUUCUGAUAGUUGAUAUUUUUUUAUCAUUGGAUAAGUGUUCUAGAGUUUAUUCCAUCUUUAUACAUGAAGAGUGUUAGUUGUUAGAGUAUACAUGCAGAUAUUUUAUGUUUGGCCUAUUUGGUAUCAGGUUUCAUGCAUUGAUGAUUAUUUUGCUAUUAGAAUACAGAAGUCCACACUUUGAGCUUGUACAUUAUUGUUUAGUCUGUUAUUCUUUAACAUAAAAACGAUAUUUCGGUACUCAAUUUGUUAUUCAUUACUAGCUUAACAGCAUAUUUUAAUUGAUUUAUGUAAAGCCUCGAGAAAAGUGAAUGGCAUGCCUGCAAGGUCUUGGAUCUUGUACAUGCAUACAAGCAGUGAAAAAUGUAUCUCUUAUGUUUUAUUGAUGACUAUUGCCAAAAGGGUUAGACCUAUUUUCUUCUUGAAAAUUAGAAGCAUUGGAAUGUUUCAAAACUUUCAAAAGGUUGUUGGAAGGGGAAGCACAGGAACUCAUCAACUAUUUCUGACCGGAUAGAGGAAGAGAGUUUAACUCUUUCAAAUUCAAAUUGUUCUGUGAAAAGGAAGGAUUGAAGAGACAAUAUACCAUUGCAUAUACAGCACACCAAAAGGGAAUAGCAUAAUGCAAAUAGAGAAUGAUGGUAAACAUGGAUUGCCACAUGAUAUGUGCAGAGAAAGAGUUUUUAAAUUGUUUUAGGAUGAAGUUGUAAACUGGAACUAGUAAAUCACCGGUGCU